CCGGACUGGCAACUUCCACAACACAUUUGAAGACGUCGCUGUCGGCUACACGAAAAUGUCGGCGAUUAUAAGAGGACUUUGCAGGGUUCGUUCUGCGCCUGCUUUGCGCGAUGUAACCAUGACUCAAAGAGCAAAUCUUUCCAACCAUCCAGCGAAAGAGCCCCUGGGCCCUGCGGAGACUGUGGUUGGCCUGGUGAUGUUCUCCCUGGCUAUCCUGGGACCCUCCGGAUGGAUCCUGGCUAACCUGGAGAGCUACAAGAAGAAGGACUAAUGGACUAAUGGGAGACCCUCGGCGCGCAACGCUGAUCUGAUCACAUCCAGCGGAUGCGCACCACGUUUAUUUAACUUUCUUUAUUUUACAGCCUCUUUCGGGACCACCAAACCCAUCAACCUCUGCUGUCAUUGUGGAUCAAUUUGGACUAUAUCUACCUCCACCUUCAAACAGUUUACAAACGUCACUCCAGUCUUCAAAACAGUGAAGAAAAAUUCCAGCAAAAUGACUUUUAUUGCAAUUUUAUCAGUUUUAGUUCCUCCUCUAGGGGAGCCUGUUACAGUACCAAUAAAACUGUAUUGAAACAUUUAA